AUGGCUAAUGAUGACAAUACAGAUCAGGCUUAUGAACAUAGAGAAGACUUUAUAAUCAUUCAUGGAUAUGAAAUUGUAAAGGAUAUCCCGUACGAUAUGUAUGGUAGCUGCAUCAAACAAAUCGAUCUUUCAACAUGUGUGGGUUAUUUCAAGUUUAGGAGGCAGACUGAUGUAGAACUUUCUGUAAGGGAUCAGCUGUGGAUGAAGUCAUUUUCUGAAUAUAUUAAACAUGGAUGUAUGGCUAUCAUUUCCUCAUCAUUACUCGAUAAAGCAACGCACACCUAUGAGUUUGCAUUCUGGGAUAUGAGAAACUACGCUGCUAAACUACCACUGGAAAUUGCAAACAUGUGUGGAAGCACUUUGGAAUUUAGACGCUUCAUGUCUAAUGUUCCCUUUGUCUAUUCAGCAAGCAACGAUCUACUGGCGCCUGCUUUGUCCCCUGAACUUGUUCUCAAUCAUUACAACACUAUUUACAGCGAAUCCAUGAGAGCCUUAAAGACGUCUACAAACAAAGUUAUUCAAAAAGAAAAAGAGCUUCAAGAGCUAAAAAAGGAGAUAGAAGAGUUAAAGCAACAGGCGCGAUAA